GGGACAUGGGACAAUUCACUGUAUGCCUGGGCAAUGCAGUGUAGGAUGUCUAGCCUCCCUAGCCUGUUGACCAGGAACAACACCCCAACAAUUUUUAACAAGCAAAAAUUCUUCCACAAAUUUCCAAAACACCCUCUGGGAGUCACUGUCACCUUUUUUGGAAAGUCUACCUUAGAUCUAUAAAAAUCAUCCCUGAAGGCUGUCCUAACGCGGAGUAUGUGUGGAUUCCAGGGUCAUCACCUGUAAAGGGUCAAAGUAUGGACCAGUCACACUGGGUGUUCUGUUAACCUCUAACACCUGGACAACUCCUAAAGCCAUCCUAAAAAUCGAGUGAAAACAAGCUAGUGUUAAUAUCCAUGACAAAGGCAAAAAAGACAAAACACACUCUGAUCUUUUUUUCUUCGGUUAUUAUUAUCUUCAGUGAUAAUAACCUGUCGUAUGUCACCCACCAAGUACCACGUUCUGAACUGUUUUAAUCCUGUCAUCUUGAUCCUCUCAACAAUCCUAUAUAGAGGAAUUUUUAUUCCCAAUUUAGAGAUGAGAAAACUGGGGCUUAGAAAUUUGACUGCCCCAACUUCUAAAAAAAAACUAUUAGAGUCUUCUCUGAUUCCGUGGCAUUCUACCCGGUCCACGCAAGGCCUCCAGUUCUUUUAAAACCUCGCGCCCCCUCCCCACGGCCCCCCGGGAUAGAAUGGGCAACCUGAUUGGAGGGGCUUCAGGAAAAGGAAAAAUGGUCUAAGGGCCUAAUAUGGAACUAGCUGUCAGCUCAACUCCGCCCCCUACUCCUCUGCUGGGGCGUUGCCCAGGGAGUCCACCCCCGUACGCCGCAGCGGCUGUCUUUCUACUUUCACUUUACUUGCUGGUGGCCCAGGCUUCGGGAUAUUCUGAACCUCACUGUCCUUCCCUCUACAACAGCGCAUUCCUCUUGGCCCAGCUUCCAAAGCUAUUUGCCGCCCCGUCAACCCUGCAGCCCCUACAGCCGCGAAUCCAGGAAACCCUCUACCCGCAGCCCAGCUACUGAGUUUACAAUCCCCUGGGCUUUGGGCUCCAAGGUGCGGGUUCCUGCCCCAGUAGUGGCUCGGUGGACGCCCCAACUUGCCGCGCAGGCGCGCUCGGGCCCUCUCCCCCUCCCCGCGCUCCGCAGCUGGGAAUCACGGGACUAGCCUUCGUUUCCUUGGCAACGCAGUACACAAGUGCUAGCCCUAGCAGCUCGCGAUGUGCUUCAGCAGAGCAGACGCUGCGGAUAACUACCCUUUUGGAACAUGUCAACAGAGGAAACUUUUUCCUCACUUCCAUCCCCCAAAUUUGAUUGGGAACAAGUUUGUCCCUCUUAGGGGAUCACCCCACAGAGGGCCUGGGUGUUAUUUUUCAGAUGGAUAUGGCUUGGCAUACGACUUAUCUAAGAUCCCAACCAGUAUAAAAGGAUAUACUUUGGGAGCCAGAACAGCUGUGAGGUUUAAGCCAAUACAGAAGGAAAUGACACCUCAUGCAGGCAAGUACCAGAACAUAAGUCCUCAGCAGGAAAAACACAAACAAAAUUUUGCUCCAUUUAAUGUCUUGGUGCCUCGAUUUAAGAACUACCCAAAGGACACUUACUAUCCCAGCCCUGGUGCAUACAACCCAGAGAAGAAGCCACCACCAAAAAUUGCCUGGCCAAUGAAAUUUGGAUCUCCAGACUGGGCUCAGGUUCCAUGUCUACAGAAAAGAACCCUAAAAGCUGAGCUGUCCACAGACAAAGACUUUAGAAAGCAUCGGAACCGUGUGGCCUACCUAAGCCUGUAUUAUAAUUGAGCAGCUGUGACUACCUUCACGUGCUCCUCUUAUACACAGACUCUCCAGGACUGAGGACAGAGCUGCUCUUCUUCUUCUACAUUACUGUGGCCCUCUUGUCUGGCAGCCUGGAGCCCAGGGAGGGACAGGGGCUUAUAGCUGCUGUAUGAGAACAUAAAGACUAGUGCACAGUGCUAUCUCCA